CCCCCCCACCACAUUCUUCCUCUUACCCGCCCGAAUUCCCGAAUGUGCGAUUCAAGCCUUCCAGCUCUUUGUGGAACUUUGGCCCUUUGGAGGCAGGGCAGUUCAUUAAGGGGAGGUCUGACCCCCCAGCUCCUCAGCUCCGGUUCUGCCCAAUCCACUCUGGACUACGUGAGUCGCCUGAUUACCCUGAGGGAAGAGACGGAGGCUUUGGGGGAAAUCCCAGCACUUUCUACUCUAGGUCCCAGCUUGCCCUUAGGGCUUCCCAUCUCCUUAUCUAAACCUGUUUGCACUAGAGAGACCUGUCUCACCAGGAGCUCGGACUACAUCUCCCGGCGUGCCUGGCAGAGUGGUGGCCUGUGUGUGCCGUCUGCAGUUGCUGCAGGCACAAUGCAGCGAGCCGCGAGCCUGGCUUCUCCUCUGAGCUUUCGCCGGCUAGCACUUCCCGCAGCCCUGAGUCGUUCACUCAGUUGUGCACAGGAUGUACUCCGCAGGACUCCACUCUAUGACUUCCAUCUAGCCCAUGGCGGGAGAAUGGUGGCGUUUGCAGGAUGGAAUCUGCCUGUGCAAUACCGGGACAGCCAUGUGGAUUCGCACUUGCACACACGUCAGCACUGCUCACUCUUUGAUGUGUCUCACAUGCUGCAGACCAAGAUCUUUGGUUGUGACCGAGUGAAACUGAUGGAGAGUCUAGUGGUUGGAGACAUUGCGGAGCUAAAGCCAAACCAGGGGACACUGUCGCUGUUUACCAAUGACGCUGGAGGCAUCUUGGACGACCUGAUUGUGACCAGUACUUCUGAGGGAUACCUGUAUGUGGUGUCGAAUGCUAGCUGCUGGGACAAGGACUUGACCCUCAUGCAGGACAAGAUCAGGGAGCUUCAGAGCAAGGGCAGUGAUGUGAGCCUGGAGGUAGUGGAUAAUGCUCUCCUAGCCCUGCAAGGCCCCACUGCAGCUCAGGUGCUACAGGCUGGUGUGGCAGAGGACCUGAGGAAACUGCCCUUCAUGACCAGUGCUGUGAUGGAGGUGUUUGGUGUAUCUGGCUGUCGAGUAACUCGCUGUGGCUACACAGGAGAGGAUGGUGUGGAGAUUUCUGUGCCAGUAGCUGGGGCAGUCCAUGUGGCAAUGGCUCUGAUGCAAAACCCAGAGGUGAAACUUGCAGGGCUGGCAGCCCGGGACAGUUUGCGCCUGGAGGCAGGCCUCUGUCUAUAUGGAAAUGACAUUGAUGAACAUACCACACCUGUGGAAGGAAGCCUCAGUUGGACAUUGGGGAAGCGCCGCCGAGUUACUAUGGACUUCCCAGGAGCCACUGUCAUUGUUCCCCAGCUGAAGGGCAAGGUGGAGCGGAAGCGUGUGGGGUUGAUAUGUGAGGGAGCCCCGAUGCGGGCACACAGCCCCAUCCUAUGCACAGAAGGCACCGUGAUUGGUACUGUGACCAGUGGCUGUCCAUCACCCUGCCUGAAAAAGAACGUGGCGAUGGGUUAUGUACCCUACAAGUAUAGUUGGCCAGGGACACAGUUGCUUGUGGAGGUGCGGCGAAAGCAGCAGAUGGCCAUUGUCAGCAAAAUGCCCUUUGUGCCCACAAACUACUACACUCUCAAGUGAAGAUGGCCGGGGCAGGGUCCGCCCCUCCAGUCUUGCCCUGGGACACAAUUCUACAGAGCUUAGUCAAGACAAGGCAGAACUAUCGAAGGGGCAAGCAGCUGAGUAAAGCUUGGGCUGCCCCCAACACAGGCUCCUCUAACUUUAGGACCACAUUUCUGAUUGACCAGCUUACUCAAUGCCCCGUUUCUGCCCGAUUCCACUGAUACCACUCUGCCAGGUGCUGUUGUGGCGCAAAUGCUCACCUUUGUGAGUGGGUAACAUCUGGCCAACCUACCUCACUAUGGUUUCUCAUCUUUCAAAGAUGGGCAGUGUAGCAUUAGGCCAUCUCCUCUACUUUACUUUCCAUGAAUGCAAACUGGCCCCUCCACUGGACAGGAAUGAUCGCUGACUCAUCAGAGCAUUGACUCAGUUAUUCCUUUAUGUAAACAGGGACAGCUGAGCAGAUGUAGACUCUCUUCCAUUCCCAUUGGCUCAGCUACUGCCCAGUAGUAAAUCAUGGCAUGCUUACCACCUGGGCUGACCUUUGCCCCAGGGCCUAUAACUGGACUUUACUGACUCUAGAAAAAAAUUAAACAAGAUUCCUUCCUUAC